AUUCUCUGGAGAACGAUUCUGAAAACAUCGGCGCUUCGGCACGUUGUAAACAGCUGUGAUUAUCCGCGUUGAAAGCAUUGGCUGCCACGCUUGACUCUAGGCAAGGCCAUUUUUUCAGUGAAUCGACCAGUUCUACCACUGACAGCCACGAACGUGUUCUGAAUCAUGGCGCUCCUCGCGAAAAUCGCCAAGUGUGAGGCGCGCAUUGUCAUAAGGAGUUACAGCUGUAGCGUACCAUCGGUUAAGCUGUACAUUAAUGGCCAAUUCGUAGAUUCAAAAGCAACGGAAUUUACCGAUGUUCACGAUCCAGCAACAAACGAACUGCUAUGUCGCACUCCGAAAAGCACGAAAGAGGAAAUGGAAAUGGCUGUCCAAAGUGCAAAGAGUGCCUAUGAAAAAUGGAAAAACACCAGUGUGCUUACAAGACAAACUCUGAUGCUGAAAUAUCAAGCACUUAUUCGAGAACAUUCGAAAGAGAUCGCAGAAAAUCUAGUCAAGGAAAAUGGAAAGACAAUGGCCGAUGCCGAAGGAGAUGUUCUUCGAGGACUACAGGUGGUUGACGCUUGCACCGCGAUUCCUACCCUUCAAAUGGGCGAGAGUAUGCCAAAUAUUGCCACAGAUAUGGACAUAGUUUCCUACAGAGUUCCUCUCGGCAUAACUGCUUCCAUCUGUCCGUUUAAUUUCCCUGCGAUGAUUCCCCUUUGGUCGUUUCCGGUCUCGGUCGCAUGCGGAAACGCCACCAUUUUGAAGCCGUCGGAGCGUGUGCCGGGCGCCUCGAUGAUUCUGGCCGAUCUGUUCACCAAGGCUGGUGCCCCGCCAGGUCUGUUGAAUGUUAUACACGGCCAACACGCCGCUGUUGAUUUUAUCUGCGAGCAUCCGGACAUCAAGGCGGUUUCUUUCGUUGGUUCCGAUCAAGCGGGAAAAUAUAUAUACAAACAGAGCAGUGCUCACGGUAAACGCGUGCAGUGCAAUAUGGGAGCGAAGAACCAUUGUGUCGUUCUGCCAGACGCGAACAAGAAUAAAACGAUUUCGCAAAUUGUGGGAGCCGCAUUCGGAGCAGCUGGCCAGAGAUGCAUGGCGCUCUCGGUUGCCAUAUUCGUCGGUAAAUCGAAGGACUGGGUGCCAGAUUUGGUAGAGGCCGCGAAAAGGUUGAAGGUUAACGCUGGACAUGUACCUGGCACCGACCUUGGACCAGUUAUAUCGCCGCAGUCGAAGGAAAGAAUACAUCGUCUAGUCGAGUCGGGGGUGAAAGAACACGCAACAUUGGCUCUCGAUGGCAGAGGACUUGUCGUCAAGGGAUUCGAAAAAGGAAAUUUCGUUGGUCCUACCGUGCUGGCAGAUGUGAAGCCAACGAUGCAAUGCUAUACCGAGGAAAUCUUUGGGCCAGUGCUUUCAUGCAUUUUCACCAAUACUCUGGAUGAAGCUAUUGAUAUUAUUAAUAAAAACACCUAUGGAAACGGGACUGCUGUUUUUACGACGAACGGUGCAACAGCGAGAACGUUUGUAAACAGGAUUGAAGCUGGACAAGUUGGUAUAAAUGUUCCUAUUCCAGUGCCAUUGCCAAUGUUUAGUUUCACCGGCAAUAAAGGAUCCUUCUUGGGUGAUAAUCAUUUUUAUGGAAAAUAUGGUAUAAACUUCCAUACACAAACGAAAACGAUAACGCAAUUGUGGCGAUCUGGAGAUGCCACUGAUAUUGCAUCCUCAACAGCCAUGCCAACAAUGCAAUAAAGACUGUGCUCAUUGUUUAAUUCAGAAACUGCUCUUGUUGAAUUUAUAAAGAUUAUCAACAUUGUCAAGUAGGGAAGUUAUCAUGACUUUCCUGUAAAGAAGAAGCUUUAUUAUUUUCUAAUAAUAUGUAAAUAAUGUCUUCCAUUUCAUCGAUAUAUUUAAAUGUUACUUCUUCUAA